CUCACGGAUAGCGGUCCCGGGUAGAAGUCCCGUGUACAGACAAGGCCCCAUCGCCAAGCCAGAGGAAUUCGGCCCAACGGGUAGUCGACAGAUACAAGUACUAUAGGGUCGAAAAAUUAUUCUUAUAUUUAAGACUGCCACACACCACAUGGAACCUUCGCCCGAGGACUGUUACCGACCACCGCCCGAGUGGGCGCCUCGCGAAUUGCCCGGUGCAUGGGGCCGCGAGUCGCUACGGGCGAUUACCGCUACGCCAUGGGAGGAUGCUGAACGCCCACGGGGCCGACACGCGCUGCAGCUUCACUCGUUGGGAACGCCGAAUGGCUUCAAAGUUUCGAUUUUGCUCUUAUGUUUAAAGCACUUGAAGAACAUAGAGCACUUAAAGAAAAGAACAUAAAGAACAUAGAGCCGCGAGGCGUUUAAAGCAUUUAGAAAAUCGCAACCCGCCACUUUUUCCUCAUGUACUAUCCCCGACACAAGCUAUUAUGGGACCACGGGCGUUUGUUUCCGCGCUUUCUCAGAUUCUGGAAUCUACUGUCGUCUACGGACUGCCUCCUCUUAGACUCUAAUUCCGGAGGAACUCCUAGAGUCCGGCUGCGCCGACGCAGAAUAUGACGCAUGGUUGGUGAAUAUCAAGGAGGGCGAACAAUUCUCCUCCGGCUUUUUAGAGAUCAAUCCAAACGCAACGAUCCCGGCGCUUCUGGACUAUCAAACAGCCGGUGAGAGUGGUACCUAGAGUCUCAAUCUUAUCGAAUUAUGGUAGUUACCUCCUUGGCUAUUAAACUUUCCGAAAGUAAUGCUCUUCUCAGGUUCACCACCAUCACCAUUCUGAAGGUCCAAUGAUCGGAGGUUCACCAUCAUCUGUUGUUGGUUCACUAUCACCUGUUUUAGGUAGUUCACCAUCAUUUUUUUUGUGAAAGUGAUAGUCCAUCACAGGUUCUUCGCCAACGCGUGUUUUCGAAAGCAAUGCGAUUUUGAUCUAUUUGGCGGAAAAGUUUAAGAAGUUUUUGCCUCCCGUCACUGGGCGCGCCGAAGUCUUCAGCUGGGUAUUUUGGCAAGCAGGGGCAGGACCAUACUUCGGCUUCUUCAACACCUACUACAUUAUGAGCGUUUUGGUCGUUCUCAGCCAGACUGUAUUAAUACCUGGAUGAGACAGCACUCAGAAGCUCUCGCUAAAAUCUCGAAGCUGAGAGAUGGUACAAAUAUCUUCUUCAUUUCAACGUCCGCAAUAGAUUUAUAGACCAUAGCUCCUUAACCAUAGUAUUGUCUACAACUAUUUAUGAAAACAUCUUUUAGCAGGAGCUUUCAUUUCCACCUACUGGGACCAGGAGUCUGCUUAUUUGCGCGAUUGCGUUGAUCGCGGUACCUUGGAGGUGAAGCGCUCGUUGAGUGUCUUGAAUGUGCAAUUGGAGAAACAAGAAUCAAAGUCAUCGACACAGACAGCUGAUGAACGACAGGUGGUAUUUGUGUGCAGCAUUGGGGAGCCAACCAUUGCUGACUUCGCGAUUUUUCCCUGGAUCCGCUCCUUGCGUCGCAGAGAAAAGGUCGCUACUUUUCUCAACUUCAAAUCUUCGGAGUACUUAUGACUGGUAUUUAUAGUUUUGAUGUCCGGAAAAUAGUUCCUUUUUUUUUUACUACCUAAGGUUCUUCAUAAAGUUACUUUAUUUCUGAGCCUCCUAUCAUCUCCGGAAUAGCCUAGUUGUUUCAAAUAUCGAUCAACUUUUACAUGUUUUUAAUAUUCCCGGUCGGGUGAAUGAGAUAACGCAUGAACAAGUGUGUGCUUUGAUGGUAGAGCAGGAGAACAACUACAUGAUUUCAUGCUCUGCGGCGAUUUUUCGAUGGUGCGACCGACUCGAAAGUCGUCCUGGCGUGCUGCGAGGGUUACGGGUGAACGCUAUUUUAGACCCCAACGGCAUCCGCGAAAGGCACAGCGCUGAUGACUUCAAGGCAUCCUAGAAAGGCACACUUCUGAUGACUUUCAAGCAGGCGAAUGGCUUUGUGACUGAGGGAAGAGACUUCUCAAGUUAACUGAUUUUGUGACUUUCAAGCAGUUCGACGAGGGAAGAGACUUCUAAAGCUAACCGCGAAAGAAUCACAUGGAAUGGAAGAGUCACGUUGUGGAAGCUGUAUCACAUAGCAUACGAUGUUAAAUCAAGCUCAGUUGGAGGAUCUUAUUGAGAAAUUUUUGUCAUAAU